AAUAGUGAUCCAAACAUAAGCUGAUCAAGCGCUUGCUUUCAUCUUGUUCAGGGGGCUGGGUUAUCCAAAACAGAUUAGGUAGGGAGACCUGGGAGUGUUUUUCUGCUGGGUAACAAUAUCAGAUUAACCAAUAGAAAAAGUCACAAGGGACAAAAUCACUAUAACAGUAACCGUCUCUAUUGUCUCUACAGCAUAAACAUAGAACAUAAGGUAAAAGGACCAAAAAUAUUUUGAGUGUGCAGUGAUUGCUGUGACAGCAGUUAUGAACAUGAGUUUGUUUGUGCUGCUUCUGCUGUCAGGACUACUGUGCAGCGCUUCUGGUCUUUUGCGAGAGUAUCAGUACAUAAACAGGAAUAUGACAUGGACAGAUGCUCAGAGUUACUGUAGAGAGAGAUACACUGAUCUGGCUACUGUAGACUCGAUAGGUGAUGUGAACAGGAUCAUCAAUUUAGUGAAUGCAACGGAUGGGUACAGAGGAUCAGUGUGGAUUGGACUGCAGAAGGCAGCACAGAAUCGUUGGGUUUGGUCAAAUGGAGAAGAUACCAUUUCACAGUACAGUCCAUGGGGCACAGGAGAACCCUUUGGAAGAGGAGAUUGUGUUUCAAAUAGCAAUAAUGCUUGGUACGAUUGUGGGUGUGAAUACUUCUUACGUUUUGCAUGUUACAAUGAAAGUACUGGAUAUGUCAGAAUAGAUAAUGCGACACCCUGGACAAAAGCACAAAGGUACUGCAGACGGUAUCACACUGAUCUGGCCACUGUCCACAACUUUCAAGAGCAGCAACAGUUACAUGCAGUUGUUGGAAAAUGGUUUAGCUUCUGGAUUGGUCUGUUCAAGGACUCUUGGCAGUGGUCUGAUCAGUGGAACCUUACCUUUAAAAAUUGGGCAGCAGGACAACCAUUGGAGAGUUAUGGUGACUGUGUUGCCAUGUUGGUUGCUGAUUCUGGGAAAUGGGUUCGAGACAGUUGUGACCAACAAUACCAUUUCAUCUGCUAUGGAGAGGCCAAGUUAGUUAAAAGACAAACUGUCAGACUGAGAUUGUCCAAUGAUGGAAGAUACAACUUGAAUGAUCCUUUACUGCAGACUGCCAUUAUGAAUGAGAUAAAUAAAAAGCUAAAGAGCCUUGGACUGACGAACGCACGGAUAAACUGGAGAAAGGAUGAAGAUGGAGAGGUGUUUCAUCUGAGUAAACGUAGAGUCACAGCCAAUUCAAAUACUACAUGUGAUAGGCACCCCUGAACUGUGGUUUUUAAUGUAAAACUUUAGAAAAGCCUCAAGAAAAUAUAAACCAUACAUAUUUCAUAUUUAAGAGAGUGAUGUGACCAUGAGGUAAAUGAAAUCUCUAUGGACUUAAUACGGUACACUAAUUCUCCAAGCUAGUUUAUGCAAACGAUAAAUGUUUUUAGUAUACAGGUGCAUAAUGCGAAUUACAUAAUGAUAAUAAAAUGAUUUAGUUCUUAUCAAAUACUAUAAUAUUUUUUUUAUUAAUUAUAAUAAUAAAGAAGCAUGUUCAAGAUUAAGCAGCUAGAAUACCCUGACUACGUCUAAGGCAAGUGUACACAUCUGUUUAAAAAUUCCUAGUCUGUUUAUAUUCUUUUGUGUGUUGUUUUAUGAUGACUUUAAAAUAGAGCUAUAAGUUAAAGUUUAUUAUUAUUAUUGUAACAUUAUUCACAUAAUUAAAUUUGCAGGAACAAUCUGAAUGUUCUUCCCAUUUUCAGGUAAAUCUUAGACAUCUGUUCAGUACUGUGCAAAAUACAACACUCUUUUAUAUUGAUGAUUUAUUUAAAACUAAACAUAAUGCAGAAUAGUAUUUUGAAAAUUAGGAAAAAUAUAAUUACAUUUUAUCAAUUCUUGUAAUGUAGGGUACUAUGUAAUAUACAGAAAAUAUACAGUUGUGGACAAAAUAUUGGCACCCUAUUUUAUUGAUAAACAUAUUUACCAAAAUAUAAAUAUUGGUAAAUAUGAGCAAAGAAAGCUGUGAAAAUGAAUCUACAAUGUUUCUCCUUUUGAGCUUUAAUUUUAAAGUUUUACAAAAAUACAAUGUUUGGUUGAAGUAAAACAAUUGCAAUAUGGGGGGCGGGGUUUAUUAAAUAAAGAUUUUUUUUCUACACACUGGACACAAUUAUUUGCACCCCUAGAAAUUUUUGUAAAAUAUUUCUGAAGUAUAUUUACAUUGAUAUUAACAUUUUCUUAGCACACCAAGGAGACUAGAAACAUAAUGUUGUCCAGCCAUGGCUUUCAGUUUCACAGGAGAAUAAAUAUCAAAUCAAAGAAUGCGAAAAAGUCUGCACAUCCCAAACACCCAGAAUUG